UCAUAAGGGUGUACAUAUGUCCGGUGAAGCCCGGCGGACGGUCAGACCUGUGAUAUCUUAACACGGAAAACACUGUUGACCAGUCGUGAUGACUAGACAUAUAAUUAACACAGUGACGAUGUUGCAAGUCAUUUUUGUAUGCAUGUACUUCAUGGCGAAAGGAACCUGUCAAAACGAAGCAGAAACACUGCCCAGCUACUGGAAUGAUGUCGCUGCCGCGGAACUCCUGCGAGCGAAGGCCCUGAAACCUAUCGAAAAGCCGGCCAAGAACAUCAUUCUGUUUGUUGGGGACGGAAUGGGAAUAACUACGACCUUCGCCGCCAGGGUUCUCAAAGGUCAACUGAGGAAUGCAUCAGGGGAGGAAACUCUUCUCAGCUUUGAAGAAUUUCCCUAUGUUGGAAUGUCAAGGACGUACAGUAUAGACAAGCAGACGACUGACUCAGCAUCAACGGCAACGGCAAUUCUCUCCGGCAUCAAAAACAACUUCGGCGCACUCGGAGUUGACGGGCGGGUAAAACAGGGGGACUGUCCUGCCGCCCUGCAAUACAACGUCACCUCUAUAGCCGACUGGGCAAUGGCAGCAGGUAAAUCAGUUGGCAUAGUGACGACAACCCGCGUUACUCAUGGAACACCAGCAGCGGCGUACGCUCACUCAGCAGACCGGAACUGGGAGGGGGACUCCGAGAUGACCUCUGUGACGGGGGGAUGCUCCGACAUCGCUAAACAACUCGUCGACGACAAUCCGGACAUCAAGGUCAUCCUCGGGGGUGGAAGGCAAUAUUUCCGUCCUAUCGAUGCGAUCGACCCUGAAACUGGGACGAACGAUACUUCCAAUGGACGCCGAGACGGACGCGACCUUGUUGAGGACUGGAUGGAAAACAAGGCUGAGCGUAAUGCCACCCACCGCUACGUGUGGAAUCUGGCAGAAUUCAAUGAAGUGGAUCCAGAGUCGGUGGACUUUCUCUUGGGCCUGUUCUCGAACUCCCACAUGAACUACGAGAUUGACCGGCGGGAUGGUCCGACUGGAAACGAGGCCGGGGAGCCAUCCCUCAGUCAGAUGACGGAGAAAGCUAUACAGAUCUUGCAGAGGGAUCCGGAUGGCUUCUUUCUUCUUGUAGAAGGAGGUCGUAUUGACCAUGGACAUCAUGCCUCCCGUGCUGCACAUGCGCUUUAUGACACCGUCGCCUUCGAAGAGGCUGUGACCACAGCCACCGAAAUAACGUCAGAGGAUGACACCCUUACAGUCGUCACUGCCGACCACUCUCACGUCCUUACAGUCGGGGGAUACGCAGAUAGGGGCAAUCCCAUAUUAGGCAAAUCUGGGUCUUCGGGGUCAGACGGUCUCCCAUACACGUCUCUGCUCUACGGCAACGGCCCUGGUUACGACGUCGUGGACAACGGCGGCACCUUCGGCCGACCAAACCUCACUGACACGGACACAGAGGAAAGAUUGUACCGUCAACAAUCCGCCGUGCCCUUGGACGCGGAAACCCAUGGAGGGGAGGAUGUCGGGAUAUAUGCGCAAGGGCCUAUGGCGCAUCUGUUUCACGGAGUUCAUCAAGAGAACUACAUUGCCCACGUGAUGGCGUAUGCAGGAUGUAUUGGAGCCUACAGAGACAGCGGACAGUGCGCACAAUCGGAAGUCACCACUCCUCCGGUACCGCCGAGAUCAGGAGCAACUGCCAACGAAGUGUGUUUUCUGUUGUUUGUUGUCAUAAUUGGAUUGGUAUUUUAAGAACUAUAUAAAGUUAUGAUCCAGGGGAUGUGUUUUCAGUUAGUGACCGAGUAUAGCUUUCAGCAAUAUUCCUGCAAUAUCACGUCGGAGUGAAGAGAGAACGCUUUAACCGCUAGCUAGCUAAGGUUACCCCUCCGCCCCCUGUGUUUACAGAUUAGCGGGUGUUAUUAAGUAUUUGAUACCCAAGAAUGUUCACAUACAAAUUGAACGGUGUCUGUGCGUGAAUAAAGUGAAUGGUUUUAGCCAACGCCAGCAAUAUUUCAGCCACACCACGGUGGUCUUUAAAUUAUUCAAGUUUGGACCAUAUAAACCGGUGAUUGAUAGCAUGAAAGACCAUGCUGUCUGGAACGAUGACACAUGAUCAGUUAUGGUUGGUUGGUUUGUUGUUUAACGCCACACUCAGCAAUAUUCCAGCUAUAUGACGGCGGUCUGGGCCAGACGAUCCAGUGAUUCAUAUCAUGAGCAUCGAUUCACGCAAUUGGGAUACGAUGACAUGCAUCAACCAAGUCAGCGAGCCUGACCACCCGAUCCCGUUAGUCGCGUCCUACAGCAAGCAUGGGUUGCUGAAGACCUAUUCAACCCCCGAUCUUCGGGGGUCGAUCAGUUAUGCAACACAUGUUCACCCGAUGCAAUUUUUAGUCGGCUCUUAAGAUAGACAUAGGCGACUAAUUUGUCACACAAUCCAAAUGGAGAGUAAACGAAAUGAUUGCAUUAUACAGUUUGUUUUGUUUGUUUGUUGUUUAACGCCGCAUUCAGCAAUAUUGGAGCUAUAUGACCGCGGUUGCAUUAUAUGGUGAGACGAAGUCACAUAUAGUGAAAGUUUAUCAGCUAUGGAAAAUGCAUUUUAAUUAAUGAACGUGAUAAUAAACGUAUUUUUUUUCUAGAGGAUAACGAA